AUGAAAGGAGGAGGAGGAGGAGGAGGAGGAGGAGGAGGAGUGAGGGCUGCAGGAGACGACCCUGUGAAAGUGACCGUGGUGAAGAUGUUGUGCUGUGAUUAUUUUAUGAGGAAGAGAGUCGUCUUCAAAGUUACAGCCUGGUUUUCAGACUAAACUCCACUCCUCGGUUUUGUUCAGGGCGGCGCUUCGACCGGACGGUUAGAAGAGUUUUAAAUUUUGCAGAUGCGUUCUCAGAAAGUCUGCAGACUCUGACCUCCAGCUCACCUUGUCGAGAAACAAAUCCUCCGCAGACUUCACUUCCUCUUCCUGCAGCCGUGACCUGUUUUCUUAUCCGCAUGAAAAAAGAGAGAUUUCUGUUUUAUAAAGUAAGAACGUUAGUUCAGAGGGAGUAAAAGGUGUUUAUCUCUGACUUUGUGGGAAGAGUUUCAUAUUUUAUUUACACCGUGGCCUCGGCGAACACUGAACACUGAAUACUGAGCUCUGAUUGGCUGGAAGGUGUCUGUUAACUUCUGAUUUAUGUUCCAAUUAAACAAACUGUUCCUGUUAACGCACUGCAGACAGUGUUUAACAUGAGUAACCAUAGCAACGGACGCAAACUGAACAGGCUGACCCCCAAUUAUCACCGCAUCAGGAAUGGCUCCGAUCUGGAACGACGGCGAUUUGUGAGGCGAGAACCCGCAGAUUCACGUUCAAUCACACGAUAACGAGUCGUCUCUCUAAAGACAGACACAUAGACAUAUAAGCAGUAGAUUGUGUCCUUCCAGAGGAGGAAAUCUACUUCUAGACUUCUAGAAUCAGCAUCUCCUCAUCCAUGGUGUCAUCGGGGUGAAAUGACGUCUAAAAACCUUUCACUUGUUCGUCUCCGCCCGUUUGCAUGGUGUGAAAUACGAUCCUCCUGAAACACGGAGUGUUUUAUUUUGAAAAGAAGCAGGAUGUUUUAUUUUGUGUCUGUGCCCGACUUCCUUUCCAGAAGUCGGUGUAAAUUGACACGUUAACUUGAAUGGUUACGAUCAGCUACGAUCGGAGGAUACGACCUUUUAGGAGACGAUCAGGAUGAAGGUGGAGAUUGAGGGUUAUCUGACCGUGUUGGAGUGGUCCUGCAGUAUCCUCUGAGGAUCACAGGGUGGCGCUGGAGGGACGACCAUGAAAACUCAUAAUUACAGUAAAAUAAACUUAAACUAAGUUAAACUAAAGACUUAAAGUCUCUGUUUAUCAGAUUUUUGGAGCUUCAGCCUCUGAAGGACGACUGUCGGGCUGAUCUGGACAGAGACGGUCUAUCCUCUGGAGGACUGAAGACCCGGGUCACUGGAUCACUUGGUACUUGGUAUAAGGUGGCUAACCGGCUAAUGUAGCUCGCGUCACCUCCUUUAAACUCCGCCUCUAACAUUUUAAAGAUGAUUUUAGAUCUUUAAAUAUGUCUUUAAUAAAAGUUUGAACCCUCACAUCAUUUUGUUUUCCUCUCUGAUCAGUGUCAUCGGCGUAGACAGACCUCACAGUAGAUCUCUCUCCUUUUUACAGUCAGAUGCUGUUUUCUCUUCAGCUGUGAGUCUGAGUCAGUAUCAGGGAGAGAGGUAGUCCCUCAUCUACAUCUCUCUAAGUGUUUACUGGACGUGUUUGGGAGGCUAACCUUCACUGUCAGAUGCAGACGGCUUGUUUAGAUGCUCUCCUCCCCUCAGGCUCUUCAUAGAAGCUGACAGCUGUGAGGGUUCAGGACUGGUUUUUCUCGGGUCAGCUCAGGACUGAGCUCCGGGCCGGGCAGAGAUCUGAGGGGAGCUGCCCGGAGACUUUCUGAAGCUGUGCCAUGCUGAAACCUCCACCUGCUGCUGUUCCUGUGUCUCUGUCCUCGUCUCCUCCACUGAAUUAUACAUCAGAAGAAGAAGAAGAAGAAGAAGAAGAAGAAGAACCUCUCAAAGACGAGUCCAGGAGAGGCAGCAGGAGCUUUUCAUCCAGGUCCCCUCAGAGACCUGAAGACAGGACCAGACUGUGAGCUCUGUGAUCAAAAAGUGGACGAGUUAGACCGGGCUCACACUAGACAGGACAGAGUCUGA